AUGCAAGACCUUGAAGGAUCCGUUGGCCAGGGCGGUCCCGGUGCCAACGCCGCCAACCGCUUCCAGCAGGGCCAUGCCUCGAAGCCGUCUUUCGGCGACACCGGCUUCUCGCACGGCGCCUUUGCCUCCAACGUGACGGGCUUCGCUGACCGCCACCCUCGCCGAGGCAACGUGCCGCCUCUCAACACCCAGGCCGUCAAUCAGAGCCAGCAAGCUCCGGUGUCUCACGCAAACGACAUGACGACCCCGGGCACGGGCUUCGACAUGCAGUUCACCCCUCUGCUGCCCUCCCAGCUCCUCCUCGGAAGCCCGUUCCAGCCCGGCAGCCCUGCCGCCUUUGGCAGCCCUCAGUUUCAGAGCCUGUCGGGUUUUCAGCAGGCACAGCAGCAGCCGCACGGAGGCAGUCAGUUGCACAACGGGGGCAUGUCGAGCCCUGUCCAGCAGAGCAUCUCGUCCCAGUCCUACCAGGCAAUCGUCUCCCCGUCCACGUAUGGUGCCCCUCAGUUUUACCCGCCUCAGUCGCCGACCGGCGGUUUCAACAUCCAGACGCCCAUGCAGCCCGCUUCACCGGUCUCGAUGGGAUCCGGCGUUGUCACUGGCACCAGCCGGACUGUCUAUCUCGGCAACAUUCCCCCGGACACCUCGGCCGAGGAAAUCCUGGGUCACGUUCGGAGCGGUCAGAUCGAGUCUGUCCGUCUCUUGCCCGACAAGAACUGCGCCUUCAUCUCCUUUCUCGACGCCAGCUCCGCCACCCACUUUCACUCCGAUGCCAUCUUGAAAAAGCUCUGCAUCAAAGGCCAGGACAUCAAGGUCGGCUGGGGCAAGCCCUCUCAGGUACCUACCUCUGUUGCACUGGCCGUCCAGCAGAGCGGUGCCUCUCGCAACGUCUAUCUCGGCAACCUGCCCGAGGACAUUUCCGACGAGGAGCUGCGCGAGGAUCUCGCCAAAUUUGGGGCCGUCGACACCAUCAAGCUCGUGCGAGAGAAGAACAUUGCCUUUGUUCAUUAUCUCUCCAUUGCCAAUGCCAUCAAGGCCGUGUCCCAGCUGCCUCAAGAGCCCAAGUGGCAGGCACCCCGCCGUGUCUACUAUGGCAAGGACAGAUGUGCCUACGUCUCCAAGACGCAGCAGCAGAACGCCGCCCAGUACCUCGGCAUCGCUCCUGGGUAUGCGCACAUGUUGACUGGCGCUGACCGAGACCUCAUCUCCAAUGCUCUGGCUCAGCAGUCUGUCGCGGCUGCCGCCGUCGCGACGACUGCCGGUGGCAUCAACAACUUGGGCAACCGCACGAUAUACCUCGGCAAUAUUCAUCCCGAGACCACGAUUGAGGAGAUUUGCAACGUCGUCAGGGGCGGUCUGCUGCAUCACAUCCGCUACAUUCCGGACAAGCACAUUUGCUUCGUCACCUUCAUCGACCCUACAGCAGCCGCCUCCUUCUACGCCCUCAGCAACCUCCAGGGCCUCAUGAUUCACAACCGCAGACUCAAGAUUGGAUGGGGCAAGCACUCUGGCGCCCUGCCUCCGGCCAUUGCCCUGGCCGUCAGCGGCGGAGCCUCGCGCAAUGUGUACGUCGGCAACCUGGACGAGACGUGGACUGAGGAGCGCCUCCGCCAGGACUUUUCCGAGUACGGCGAAAUUGAGCUUGUCAACACGCUACGCGAAAAGAGCUGCGCCUUUGUCAACUUUACCAACAUUGCCAAUGCCAUCAAGGCCAUUGAGGCCAUCCGCGGCAGGGACGAGUACAAGAAAUACAAGGUCAACUUUGGGAAAGACCGCUGCGGCAAUCCUCCCCGGCAAAUGCAGCAGAACCACUCGCCUCGAGGCGACGGGGUGCCUUCUCCCCCGACCAACGGGUCCCAGAACGGCGGUUCGCCCCCGAACGGCAACACUCCUCAGCAAUCGGCUGUCCUCUUCAAUGCUUCCAGUAACCCCCUCACCGUCUACCUAAGCCAAGUAUCGCAGCAAGUGCAACAUCAGCACCAGCACCAGGGUCAGCACCCCUUGGUUGUGCAACAGAAUAUACUCUUCAACACGGCUCAGUCGUCGCCCAACGACUUGGAGAUGCCUCAGCAAGGCCAGAUGGGCGGUCACGGGCAGUCGGCGAGCAUCUCAAACGGUUAUGUUGCCAACGCCGCAACCUCAGGCCCGACUACCAUUGGCGGGCUGCUCGCGCCAGGCCCCCGCGGCCAGCACAGCCGAGCGGUCAGCUUGCCUGUCUUGGCCCCGGGCUUCGAGAACGGCGGCACCAGCCCCAGCAGCGUCCCAGGAAGCAACGGCAGCGAGGGCGAGCGACGUGGCCACCAGUACCAGUCCAGCUUUGGCGGCAUUGGUGCUGCUGGCUUCGGCCUCGCCAUUCAGGGUGGGCUUAACGGAUGGGUCGAAGAAGAGGUGGCCAACUAA